GUUUUUUUCUCUCCAAUGCUCGUCACCAGCAAGCAGUUGAAUAUCGGUCGCUCCCACAGUUGGGACACCCUGGGGGGGAAUGAGGGGCAGUGGUCCGGGGGAGAAAGCGUUUACGACCACCAAGGCAGGAUUGCGGGCCGACGCAACUCGCUGUCUUACAGGGGAGACAGAGGAGGUUACUACGAGCCACCCCCUGGGGUGCGUCCUCCUGACCUGGAUCUGAAACGAGACCCCUACUCCUACCAGGACUCUCUGUACAGCCAGCAGGGCUACGCUGCUGAUCCCCGUGAAAUGAGAAAGGGCUCAGUCCCUGAGCUAAACCACUACGACCGUCCAACCAUGGCUCAUAGUCACCAAGGAUCCGUCGUCUCCCAGGAAUAUUAUCCCCAUGACCCUGCUAUGGCUCCCCGACCACCGGAGGAUCCCCGGGGCUUCUACCGGGUGGAGCAGCAGCCACAGCAGCCACAGCCUCACCCGAUCAACAGAUCCCCGUCCCACUAUGGGAUGAACCCAGUGGGACGGUUGCCAUGGGACCAGGGACAGGGAGGGAGGCCCGGACCUCCGGGUCCUCCAUCGGCUUCUCCUCUUCCUCCUCCCCCUCCUCCGCCAACUGCCCAUGGCAUGAACCAGGUUUACAGUCAGCCUGCAGCUGUAGCUGCCGCUGCCAAGAUGAUGCCAGAUGGCCAGCGCUCUCCUGCUCACUAUGGGAUGGAACAACCAUCUUCGCCUCGGUACGCAUCUGAGCCACCCCCUCUAGCUGGACAGCCGGUCUACACCGACAUCAACGGCCGUCCCCUGGACCAUCGGCAGCAGCAGCCCACAGCCACCUGCCUGGUGGUGGAUCCUAACACGCAGGGGCUGGAUGGGAGCAUGCAACAGCGAGGUAUGAUGAUGAGGCAGGAUUGUACCUCGCCCUACGGAGUACAACAACAGCCUCCACAGACCAACAUGCAGGUCUACAACACCAACCCUCCUCUCGCAGCUCCUGCCCCUCUUCCUCCCCCACCAGCCCCUGUAGCCCUCCCCCUUCCACCUCCCACAGCCCCCCAGACGCCUGCAGACCCAAAGAGGAAUGCCGACCCAGAGUUCCUGGCUCUGCUUCGCAAUGAGGGUCUCUCGGAGAGUACCAUCUCCUCACUCAUCCAGCAGGGCUUUGACACAACCGGCAUGCUGGCAGUCAUGGAAGAGAAUGACGUGCGCUCUGUGGCUCCCAACUUAGGGCAGGCGCGUGUGCUGUCGCGGGUAGCCAUCAGUGUCAAGAGGCCCUUGGAGCCUACACCCACAUCCCAGCAACAGGCCCCCAUGCGGGGCCGCUCCAACAGUUUCAGCCACCGCUCUGACAUGUACCUCCAACAGCAGCAGCAGCAACAGCACCAACAUCAUCAGCAGGCCAUGGCAAUGGGCAUGGAUCCACGGCUGAUGCCACCACAGACCCCUGGUGUCAUGCAGACCAUCUCCCCCGCGAUGGCCGAGGCCAUGGCCAGGAGGCCCAAUAGCGCUCCCUCUCAGCACCUCCUAGAAACCACCCAGGGCUUCCCAGGACCUCGUACCCCGGGGCCCUACAGUGGUGCCAUGGUCCCUGUCCAGUCCCGGCCCGUGUCUGCAUACUCCCAACACCCAGGUGUCCCUAUGCAUCCGGGCAUGCAGAUGAUGGCUGCCAUGCCCCAGCAGAUGUCAGGGGCUGCAAUGCAAGCCAUUCAACAACAGCAGAUGCCAGUGUCCAUGCCUGCCCUGCCGCCACCUCAGCAGGCCCCGAAGGCGUACUCCACCAACUACACAGUGCCCAUGGAGCUGAUGAAGCGGGACCGCAGCCUGCAACCCAUGUCGCCCAUGCACAGCCCCCACCUCAGCCCUCAGAUGAUGCGCAAGGCUGGGGGCACCCCGUCUGAUGGCGCCAUGAUGCCCGUGGGUACCACCAUGCAGAGCCAGAGUGCUAUGACCGCCAACCAGAAGCUUAGCCGCCGUACCGGCCCACCUGUCAUCGUCUCCACCAUGGCAUCACCAGAUACAAGUAUCCGGCCCCAGAUCAUGAAUGGGCCGAUGCACCCUCGCCCCCUAGUGGCCCUGUUAGAUGGGCGUGACUGUACAGUAGAGAUGCCCAUCCUCAAAGACCUGGCCACUGUCGCCUUCUGUGACGCCCAGUCCACACAGGAGAUCCAUGAGAAGGUGCUGAACGAGGCAGUAGGGGCCAUGAUGUACCACACCAUCACCUUGACCAGAGAAGACCUGGAGAAAUUCAAGGCUCUACGCAUCAUCAUCCGCAUCGGCAGCGGCUACGACAACAUCGACAUCAAGGCGGCCGGAGAGAUGGGCAUCGCGGUGUGUAACAUCCCGUCGGCGGCGGUGGAGGAGACAGCAGACUCCACUCUGUGCCACAUUCUCAACCUGUACCGGCGGAACACCUGGCUGUACCAGGCUCUCCGGGAGGGCACGCGGGUCCAGAGCGUGGAGCAGAUCAGAGAGGUGGCGUCCGGAGCCGCCAGGAUCCGAGGAGAAACGCUGGGCCUCAUCGGCUUCGGUCGUUCAGGGCAGGCGGUGGCGGUGCGGGCCAAGGUGUUUGGCUUCAACGUGAUCUUCUACGACCCGUACCUGCAGGACGGCCUUGAGCGUUCGCUGGGUGUUCAGCGUGUCUACACCCUGCAAGACCUGCUCUACCAGAGUGACUGUGUCUCCCUGCACUGUAACCUGAACGAACACAACCACCACCUCAUCAACGACUUCACCAUCAAACAGAUGCGACAGGGUGCGUUCCUGGUGAACUCUGCGCGGGGAGGUCUGGUGGACGAGAAGGCCUUGGCUCAGGCCCUGAAAGAGGGCAGGAUACGGGGGGCCGCUCUGGACGUUCAUGAGUCAGAACCCUUCAGUUUUACCCAGGGUCCUCUGAAGGAUGCUCCUAACCUGAUCUGCACUCCUCACACGGCCUGGUACAGUGAACAGGCCUCACUAGAGAUGAGAGAGGCAGCUGCCACAGAGAUACGCAGAGCCGUCACUGGCCGUAUCCCCGACAGUUUACGAAACUGUGUCAACAAGGAGUUCUUUGUUACCACGGCGCCCUGGACAGUGGAACAGCAGCAGAUGCAGCAGCAGAUGCACCCUGAACUCAACGGUGCCACGUACAGUUUCCCAAGAACAACAGAUGAGGUCUUGUGGUCGUUUUGAAUCCUGAAUUGACAUGUACCCCCCUGGUGUGGUGGGUGUGGCCUCGGGUGGGAUCCCUGGGCCGAUGGAGGGGAUGAUGCCUGGGGGGGUGCCAAUCGCCCACACCCUGCCCUCUGGUACCCACCCCUCCCAGGCCCCCUCCCCCAACCAACCCUCCAAACAAGGGGAGCCCAUGAGACAGCACAUGACCGAGCCAUAACUCUGCAUCCAGGGAGGAAGGAGUUCAUAUAUACAAAACCGACCAACUGACCCACCCGCUCUUAGACCAGCAGACUGAUCGUUAGGGUUCACACAGAACACCGGAACCAAGUGGGGACAGUGAAUAUAUUCACAACUGACACUCCAAAGUGGGGACAGUCAAAACUCAUGUUCCAAGGAUCUGAACUUUUCACUUCUAAUUUUCCUUUGUUCUAGUUUUUAUUCAGUUUAAGUGUUUACUCUUUUUUUUGUGUGUGUUUGUUGGAAGAUUCCUGUGUUCUGGGACAAGUUGUUACCGAGUGCCAGAGUUAAGGCUCGCCCAUCUUGACUGACCCACCAAUGGGAGAGCUUGGAAGGACAAUGACAUCAUCUGUUACUGCCCCAUUCUUCAUUUCAGUUCAGUCCACGUGUGUCUGUGUAUUUUUCUUUCACCUGUUCUGAGACCACCCUACAAGUGAAUAUCUGUCUUUCUGUUCUUCAAUGUGAAAAAAAAUGAAUGAUUAUAAAAUGACAUAUAUUUAUCAGACAGUAGAAAAAGACAAUUGGUGUUGCCAGUGGCAUCGGCAGUCUCAAUGGGGACCUCUAAACCCUUUCCUAGUCCAUCUCUCACCCUGUUGACUGCUGGCUCAUUAAUUUACAGACAGUAAUGUUGGACACAUCAGGGUUGCCAGAUCUCUUGAGCCUCAUGACCAGAACGAGACAAAAACAAUAAGCCCAAAUUGCCAUUCUGAAGAAUCAAAACAAAACUCAAUGUAAGUGAAUAUCCCUUUUCCCCAAACGGGGACCUUUAUUUGAAUUUGUCCAUUGUGAACAUCUCUCAACCCCUGAGAACACCCAAAGUAUUAUAGAGAGGAUUUUGUUCUGGUAAAACUCCAAUUUAGUUGUUUAGUUCCUCUUAAGAGCUUUUUCAAAGAUCCAGGUUCCCGACGCACGCGUGGGAGAGAGACUAGUGUGAUAAAGGUUAUGAUCGCAAUUUCAGACAAUGUGAAGUUGUAAGUAUUGAUGAAUUGACUUUGGAUUCAGUAAUCACGUGGUGGGCUGCCGCUAAAAUAUUGAAGUAAGAAAUGGAUGCAACGGCAGUUCUAACUGUUAAAAGCACCUCUGCUUUUACCUGGACCUCUACAUUAUGGAUUUGGACAUUGUCACGGGUGUUUGUAUACUAGAUUGAUCUCUUAAAAUGUCCCGUUUUUUUUUCUCACCAAAUGGACUUACAAAGUAGCACCAGGCAGAUAGGAAAGGGUUUGGAAAGUGAGGUUACCGACUCAGGAAUUUUUUCUUUGCAGAUAUCUUUUUCCCAAAUUCUGUCUGAAAGAAGAAAAAAUAAGUCUGGAUGGUUCUGUGUGUUUCCACCUUUUCUUCAUUGUGGUAUUUUUAUAAAUCAAACCUGUCUUUUGGUGUUCAAGGUUUUUGCAGAGUCCUGUUAGAUUUGUAUUGGCUAGUUAAAUGUUCUUAUAAUCAUAGUCUAAUGUGAACCACCCUUUCUUUUUGGUUUUCUGUUCUAAUGAAAGCCAGUGGGAGCUCUUAGAGGCAUCGUGCACUGCACUCUGUGAGCAAUAGCAACACCCCUCUAGUGCCCCAAAGUUAGCAAGACAGGGCUGCUAGCAGAUUGUUUGGUUUUUAGUGUGAGUAUUUGUAUUUGUUUCUUGUACAAGGUGAACAUAUAGCAUUCAGUGCAGUUCAAAUAAAAAAAUGCUGCUCUAUCAGGCUCUGUGAAAGGUUUGUGAAAUUGGUGUUUGACUUUGCUGCUUAUUCAUGCGUAUGAAGUUUAACAUUACUAAUGUGGAAUUAACAUCAGUAGCUAGGUUUCCAUCCAAUUGGUGACAGAUUUUCAUGCGAGUAUUCUAAAAUCCACAUAAAUAUGCACAUUUCCCCACCGAACUGACUUGUUGCUCAUAAAAAUCAGUGCGUGAUGAGUAGUGCACACAAUGUACUUUUUCGCUUAUGUUUUCAUGUACUGAAUAAAAAUGUAAAGCUCAA